CAGACUUCCGUUGCGGGUAGUAUUUCGACUAGCAAAUCCUGACUAGGAUCAGAAUCCCCCCGUGGUCCGUUUAAAUUUAUUAUUACUAAACAAACAUAAAAUUCGGUGUUGUAAGUGAUCACAUCUCCUCCUCCUCCUCCUCCUUCUAUGGUGACCUCAUACGAAGGAUAGACAGUGCAGCAGAAAAAUGCCUCGAAAAGAGGCUUACCCGUGAUGCUGGCGGCUUUCGUUUUGUUCGCCGGAUCUAAUGUUUCCCAAAUCUGGCGACGAGUGGUGUCAUUGUGUAUGUGCGGUUUAGGGCCCUUACCGGUGAAAGCGGUACCUGGAGGCUUGAUGGGGAACGAAAAGUGAGUUUUCCAGUGCUGCUUUGGGACCGACCGGCGGGUUUUCGCCCGCAUAUUAUAUCGUAAUCAGUUGGGCCUGGCAGUGGCACGUGAACCGGAACACACGUCGGAACAGAAUUGAUAGAUUGGAAGAUGCUGAGCCAAAGCAUACGAAAGUAAUGCAUUAAAAUGUGAUCAGGAUUUGCCACUCCUGGCGAGAGACGGACCGUUGAUGGUGGGAUUUGAUGCGGUGUUACGCUUUCGGGGCGACCGGAAUUAAUUUCGUUUGAGGUGUUUUAUCGAGACCCGGUAUUUUCUUCUCUUCUUAAUUGUUAUUCAUUGGAAAGACUUGAUGGGAUUUCUUGUUUUGAGUUAGCAGCGGUAGCAUUUACAUUGUUUGUGUAGCAAUGGAAAUAUUUGGGCUUAAGUUGUUUAGAAUUUUCCACUCAAAGCACAGUAAACUCUGAAUAGCGAAGAAAAGUACGUGCAGAACUAAAUAUGUCAAAGUCGGAAACUGGGAGCUCAGUUCCAGGAACAGCAGCUUUCCGCUUUCUGUGUGAGUGUGUUUGUGUUCGUUGCAUUGCAAGUAAUGUGACGGAAAUAAGAAAUGCUUACUUGGAGAUGGCUCAAAUGUGCACCAGACAGAAUCAAGACUAGACACGGUCGACGAAGCACGCCAUUCCGGUAAAUAUUCCAAGUGUCAUUUAAGCUGAUGAGCUGCUGCUCUAUAUGUGUUUUGAACUAGAAAGGUUUAGUACUUUCAUCCUGCAUUUGCUAUUCUAUAGGGUUUUCAAAGCUUCUUGGACAGUACCGAUUUUUAGAAUGCAGAAUGUAUCAUAUCGAAAGGAGUUUUUUCAAGUGAUAGAAUAGUGACAUAAACGAUGGGCCAAAAUGUGUGCAAAUUGUGUUGAACGUUGUGUGACCAUUUUAAAGUACAUCCUAGCAUAUGCAAUAAAUUUACUUGGUACUCUCACUGUCGAAGCUCAAAGUUCGCCAUUUAGCUGUCGUCAACGAUGCGCCCACUGAAAAGCAGAGCAGAAUAGAAGAGGGAAAAGAUAGAGCAACAAACGACCGGAAAAACAAGCACCAUUUAUCAAUGUACCUUGGGAACAGCCCUUUCGGAAGCUAAGCUGGUCGGCGAUGGUCUGCAAGGAUGCACACAGUGAAGACAUGAAUCAAAUUAUUCGCAUCUUUACUGACUCAGGUACAAGUUUGCGGGUGGAUGUAUAAAUAGCAGCAGUGGAAAGAGCUAUUAAUCUAGUUCUGCUUGGCGUCAGAAGAAAUGAAAAAAUUGUAAGUGGCAAUGAGUGGAAAUAUGCGCUAAUGUAGCAGCACAAAGGCGUUCUCGUGAAAACAAGUACGGUACAAAACAAACACUCAGUGAAAAAGAACAAUAUUAAACUUUUCAUGAUCACAAGGAUAACAACGACAACAUCACAGUUAAGAUUUUUCUCCAUCUAACUCUUAAAAAACAAAAUCAUUACUAAUUGCUGCACAGCACUCGAAAGUCAUUUCCGCUACUCAGCCGUUGCACGCUAAAACGGACUUAGUAGUAAACCACGAUGAAAUCCGCCAUCCUCUACCCCUACGGACCUCUACGCGCGAGUGGAUGCUGCCGAAUGCUGCACGCGAAACAUUUAGCACUGACGAGUGCAAUUUACACGUUGAACAUUUCCAUUCUUGUGGUGCUGCUCUACUCCUGGCGGAUUAGUGUCAAUGUGAAGAAGUACAGCGAUCUGGAGGAUGUGUACUAUGGUGUGCAGAUUGCAUACUUCGCCAUCAUCGGAACACAGUGCUCGAUGAUAUUGCUAAGCGUGGUUCUGCUAUUCGGUAUCUACAAGGAGAACAUCGGUCUCGUCGUCCCGUGGAUAAUCGGAUUCAUUACUUUCAUGGCGCUGGAAGCCGUGGCAAUGGUGUACUCCAACGUUCUUCGGGAUCACGUCAAUCGGCAAUUCGACUCUCUGUGCAAGGCUGAGGUGGCGUUCUUUGUAUCGAGGGCAUUUAUCAACGCACUGGCAAUGUGGGCCGUUACACGUUUCUACAAUCUGCUUCGAGCUGGCGUUACGUGGAAAGGACCGGAAGUGAUCGAACUAUGACACAACUCGAACGACACGGAGAAAACGCUGGCGUCUCUCCGUGACGAAACUCACCUAAUAGUGCGGAUUCGCAGUUCGGAAGCCGGAGGCGGUAUCCACCGUGGUAGCCGAGAUAUGGGCGACGAAGAGGACGUCGACGAUAAAGAUGACGACGAAGACGAUGACGCCGGCAACAAUGGUGAGCCCAGACGAAAAGCCCGUCGCCGAGAUGCUGCUGACGGGGACGAUACUGAUGACAAUAUGAUUGAUGCUUCGAGCAGCGUCGGCAGCCGGGGGAGAAAGGGUGGUCGCCUGAGAAGAUUUUCACUGAGUGGCGAUUCGGAUGACUGUGAAAAGAGCGCCGGCAGUGGGAGCGACGAGGACGAUUCACUUCUGGUCGCGUACGAUAGCAAUUCUGUGGCAUCCGUUUGACAAUAUCGAAAGUUGGCACGGAUGGUGGCGGAGCUCCAGCGGCAGGCGGACAGUGCCGUGUUGUUGUUCUUGAUUAUAUUUUGUAUUGAGGUUUAUGCGCAGAUUUUUAUAUUUUUCUAGGUUACGCUGGGAGCGACGGCUUAACGAAUAGUUAUACCUCGAAGUGGAAACGAAUUUCUUGUACAUACUUUUAUCGCUUCCAAUGUACCGAAGAGAGUGGAUGUAACGUGUACGUGAGCAAGAAGCUUCAAUUAAGGUAGAAAACAAACAAAAAGGAAUCAUAUAUUUAUACGUGUUUAGGUUGCGGAAAGCAAAGGCUUUAUAAAUAUUAAGCUGGCCGGAUUGGCUACCAGCGUAAAGCUAGAAAAUCCAGUUGUGGAAUCCGUAUCCCAACACACAUAAUACAUAUAUUGAAGUGGUACAAGAUAACAAAACAGAAACAAAAGAAAGUAAUAAAUGAAUGUACAACCCUGAAAAAAAAUAUCAAACAAGCCGAACUACACAAAGGGCUAUAUAAAUUAUGCCGAAAUUAUACCGCCAAUAAA